GAGAUAGAGGGUUCUAGAAAGGAUAUCCUUUCUAAGAAUAAACCUCCUAACUGGGAGAUAAAGCAACAUGAGAAGCCCAAUGCCCCAAGCCAAUAUCAGCAAAACGGAGUAAAGUACCCACUGCAGCGUCUGGUACUUGACGAAAUUGCCUUCCAUCUCACGAAACGACGCCGCAUAGAGCACCUCUUCUUCAUCUCUUCCAUUCUCCUCCAACAAACUCUUCUCCAAACUCUCGAUUUCGACAACCUCGUCCGAAGUUCCCAUGUUCACCACCGUUCAACACUUGCCAGCCUGGCAUAUAUUAGUUCAAAUUAAUGGGCCUCAGUGAGUUUGUUGGGCCAGCAAAAUACAUGGCCCAGUGUAAAAUUUGAUAAACCCUUGACCUUGGGUUAGAAGAGAGAAAGGACGAACAAAAGAAUGGGGGCGAAGAAGGGUAGCAACAGUGAAAGUGAAGGAGCAAACAAUGUUUUUGCGUCUUGCUCCUUCUCCAGCCUUGGCCUUCAUCCCACUUUAUGUGACCAACUUCGUGAAAGGAUGGGGUUUGAAGUUCCAACGUUGGUGCAAGCUCAAGCUAUUCCUGUUAUUCUCUCCGGGCGUCAUGCACUGGUAAAUGCUGCAACGGGCACUGGGAAAACUGUUGCGUACCUGGCUCCGAUUGUUAAUCAGUUGCAGAAUUUUGAUAAUAGAAUCCAGCGCACUGAUGGAACGUUUGCGUUGGUUCUUGUACCGACGCGGGAGCUAUGCUUGCAGGUUUAUGAAAUUCUUCAGAAGUUAUUGCACCGGUUUCACUGGAUUGUUCCAGGAUACAUUAUGGGUGGUGAAAAUAGAUCAAAGGAAAAAUCCAGGCUGCGCAAAGGCAUAUCAAUUCUUAUAGCAACUCCUGGGCGACUUUUAGAUCACUUGAAGAACACAUCAUCUUUCUUGCACACAAAUUUGCGCUGGAUAAUUUUUGAUGAAGCCGAUAGGAUUUUGGAAUUAGGGUUUGGUAAAGAUAUACAGGAAAUACUAGAUCUUUUAGGUUCAAGGAAAACUGGGCAUGAUGACCAAGAGAAAGUUCCAAGGCAGUCUAAAAUUCAAAGACAGAAUUUGCUAUUGUCUGCCACUUUAAAUGAGAAAGUGAACCACCUUGCGAAAAUUAGUCUAGACAAUCCAGUGAUGAUUGGUCUUGAUGGUAAAAAAGUGGAACCAAUGUCAACAAUUGAAAGCCUUGAUCAUUCAGAAUCUGAUGAAGACAGUGAAGAGAAGUAUUCUAGUAAAAUGCCAACAGUUGCAGAUUAUAAAGUGCCCACACAGUUGAUUCAGAGAUACAUGAAAGUGCCUUGUGGUUCACGGCUUCCUGUACUUCUUUCAAUUCUAAAGCAUCUAUUUGAAAGGGAACCUUCACAAAAGGUUGUGGUAUUCUUUUCAACAUGUGAUGCAGUAGAUUUUCACUAUUCAUUGUUAAGUGAAUUCCAAUUCUCUUCUGAUCCACAAACAGAAAAAGGGAUCAGACAGAUGUUUCUUGGAUGUAAGACUUUUCGGUUACAUGGUAAUAUGGAACAGGAGGACAGGAGAACCAGUUUUCAGGCCUUUAAAACUGAGAAAUCUGCCUUGCUUUUCUCCACUGAUGUUUCUGCUAGAGGAUUGGAUUUUCCAAAGGUUAGAUGUAUCAUACAAUAUGAUUCUCCUGGGGAAGCUACUGAAUAUGUCCAUAGAGUUGGUAGAACUGCUAGGCUGGGUGAAAGAGGAGAGUCAUUGUUAUUUCUGCAACCAGUUGAAAUAGACUAUUUACAGGACUUGGAGAAACAUGGUGUCUCACUCACAGAGUAUCCUCUCCUCAAAACAUUGGAUUAUUUUCCACUGUAUGGACACAACAACAUAAAGAAGCCUGUUUUCAUAGAUUCACAUCCCUGGAUUCUUUCUCUCCAGAAGGCACUUGAAGCCUUCAUCAUAUCCAAGCCCAAGAUGGAUGAACUUGCCAAGAAGGCAUUUUGCUCUUGGGUCCGUGCUUACACAGCCCAUCGUGGUGAGCUGAAAAGAAUAUUUAUGAUCAAGAAACUUCACUUGGGGCAUGUAGCAAAAAGCUUCGCAUUGAAACAACAACCCUCCUUAGUUGGAAAGUCGUUGCAAAAGCAAACUAAGAAGAGAAAGAGAUUUGAGAAGAAAAAAGGGUUGUCCAAAAGGAGAAAAAUUGCGAGUGUGACGUAAUGCAACAGACCAUGAAAAUGGCUGAUGUUACAAUUUUGCUGAAACAAAACGAUUGUGACAAAUGGUGACUAGUAUGGAUCCAGUGAGACCAGAAUCCAGAAGAUUACAGUAUCAACAAUGCGGUCACUAACCGUUGUUUGGUUCUAAGGAAAAUGAAGUGAAGGAAACAAAUUUGAAUUUUGAAUUGAUGGAAAAAUGAGAGGAAAGAAAAUUUGAAUUUUGUUUUUGGAGGUGAACUUUCCUCUAUUCCUUCUCUUCAUUAUCUCUUCAACCAAAUAUAAAAAAUAUAUCAUUAUCUGUUAUUCUUGUUCCUCUCAAAGCAAAGCAUAAACGACCUGAGAUGAGGCAACACCAUGUUGCGACAAGGCCUUGCUUCGCCGUUCAUUUCUGUAGCCAAAUUUCUAACCGGCACAUUAAGCCAGAUGCUUCAUGCUAACAUGUAUACUGUUAGUUAAUAUUUUAUAGUGUGAUAUUUAUAUAAAGUAUAAUUUUUUUUAUGGUGGUGGUGGUAGGGUCAGGGGUUCACAUUCACAAGGACAUUCUCUUUUGACUGUAAAAUUCCAGUUCAAAACUUUAGCCUAGCUUUGGCUACAAUGUAUUUAAUAGCUUCUAUGGAAAGUCAACUUAUUAGCUAAGUCAGUGGUUAGAGUUAUAGGAUUAUUGCAUCAAAUGGUAUCAGACCGGCUUUCCAAUACAUUCUCAAGAAUGACGCCAACAUGAUCAUUUGGGCCACAAGACAGGUAUGCGAAAAUGUGACUGAAUUUUCAUUCAGUUGUUAUUUGGUCAAUAUUUCCUAGUUGGAUUCCUCAUGUCACUUGGGUUGUUAUUUUGGUUCGCUAAGUUAUUUUGACAUUGAAAUGGAAAAUGAUGAAGCACUAUGAUCAUGAAUGGGAUUU